UUGCUUACUGCCCAUGUACACUCUGGGAAAGAGCAUCCUCUGCAAGCUCAGUAUUCCCACCCAAAAUUGAGGUGUUUUAACUCAGCCUUUUUGAUUCCCAAAUGCCUGCAGGAGUGCCAGAGCCUCACUCCCCCUCCACCCCGCUUUGUGUGCAGUGCAAGCUUUCUCUCUCAUCCCCCAAAAUAAACAGCACUUUUUUUAUAUAUUUUUUUUACUCCUCUUCUUCUUUUUAUUUUUUUUCCUCCCUUUUUCCACACCCCCAGAGCCGCUGUUGCUGGUGGCAGGGAGCCCAGACUCUGUAGGAACUCAGAAAUGCUGCGAAUCCAAGCCCUGGCUGCCCUCUCCGUUUCGCAAUCCUUUGGAAGGGGGGAGAGAGAAGGAAUAAAAUAGGAGGGGAUUUUUUUUUUUUUUUCUUUAUUAGAGAUUUAUAGACUUUCCCACCAGUAGGGACAAGGAGCUGGAGCCGAGCGGCCAAUUUCCUACAUUGGAUUGAGGAGCGGUGGCUGCAGCUCAUCCCUGGCAGGAGCUGAAGAUGCAGGAGGCUGCGUAGCAGGUUUCUGAGCAGCUGCUGACAUCUCAGCCCCACUGGAUCUGGCUGCGCACGACAGUACCAUGAACUGAGCACAGAGCCACGCAAAACUGAUUUUUUUUUUUUUUGUUUUGGCUUUUUUUGGGUUUGUUUUCCAUCGGAGAAAAAAGCCCCCCACACUCUUUAAUGCAAGCAUUUUAAAGUGGGGUUGCUUCUCCCCUCCCCUGAGCCGAAGUCGUCCCGGGUGCGGUGAGGAUUUCCGGAGAAGAUGGGGAGAAAAAAGAUCCAGAUCCAGCGGAUCACGGACGAGCGCAAUCGGCAGGUGACCUUCACCAAGCGCAAGUUUGGCUUGAUGAAGAAAGCCUACGAGCUGAGUGUCCUGUGUGACUGUGAGAUUGCCCUCAUCAUCUUCAACCACUCCAACAAGCUGUUCCAGUAUGCCAGCACCGACAUGGACAAGGUGCUGCUCAAGUACACCGAGUACAACGAGCCCCAUGAGAGCCGGACCAACGCAGACAUCAUUGAGACGUUAAGAAAGAAAGGUUUUAACGGCUGUGACAGCCCAGAGCCCGACGGCGACGACUCCAUAGACCAGAGCCCCUUGAUGGAGGAUAAAUACCGCAAAGGCAGCGAGGAUCUGGAUAUCCUGUUCAAGAGAUAUGGUUCCACAGUGCCCGCUCCGAACUUCGCCAUGCCCGUGACGGUGCCGGUGACCAACCAAAACACGCUGCAGUUCAGCAACCCGGGCAGCUCGCUGGUGACCCAGUCCCUGGUGACCUCCUCGCUCACAGACCCCCGGCUCCUGUCACCGCAGCAGCCGGCCUUGCAGAGGAACACGGUGUCCCCAGGGCUGCCACAGCGGCCAGCCAGUGCAGGGGCGAUGCUUGGGGGAGACCUGAACAACACAAAUGGAGCCUGCCCAAGCCCCGUGGGAAAUGGCUACGUGAGUGCCAGAGCCUCUCCAGGUCUCCUUCCCGUGUCCAAUGGCAGCAGCCUGGGCAAGAUCAUCCCGGCCAAGUCCCCACCACCACCCUCUCACGGCACGCAGCUCGCCGCCAACAGCCGCAAGCCAGACCUGCGUGUGAUCACCUCACAGAGCGGGAAGGGGCUCAUGCAUCACCUGACCGAGGACCACUUGGCUCUGCAAAACACACAGAGGUUGGGUGUCUCUCAAGCAACUCACUCUCUGACCACACCAGUUGUUUCUGUGGCGACUCCGAGUUUGCUGACGCAGGGGCUGCCCUUCUCAGCCAUGCCCACAGCAUACAACACAGAUUAUCAGCUGACAAGUGCUGAGCUGUCCUCGCUGCCAGCGUUCAGCUCACCUGGAGCUGCCUGGCAGCAGCAGCAGCAGCAACAGCAGCAGCAGCAGCAGCAACAGCAGCAACAGCAGCAGCAGCAGCAACAGCAACAACAGCAGCAGCAACAGCAACAGGCACAGCAGCAGCCGCAGCAGCAGCACCUGGUCCCGGUGUCACUAGGAAAUUUAAUACAAGGGAGUCACUUGUCCCACACCACCACUUUGACUGUCAACACCAACCCCAACAUCAGCAUCAAGUCGGAGCCCGUGUCACCCAACCGCGAGAGGAACACUGCCACCCCGCUCAGCACCUUCCCCCACCAGCCCCGGCAUGAGCCCACCGGCCGCUCGCCCGUCGACAGCCUCAGCAGCAACACCAGCUCCUACGAGGGCAGCAGUGAGCGGGACGAUCCCGCCCGCCCCGAUUUCGGCUCCUCCCUGGGGCUCCUGCGAGCCACCAGCGAGCCCGAGGGCGAGAGCCCGUCCGUGAAGCGCAUGCGGUUGGAUACCUGGGUCACAUAACGGGGUCCUGCCGUCCCUGGGAGCUCCAGC